AUGCAGGAAGCGGCUCGCAAGGAUAUUGAACGAGCCUUCGGCGUCCUUCAAGCUCGUUGGGCAAUCGUCAAAGGCCCAGCGCGUCUUUGGAGUAAGGAGGCGAUGAGCGACAUCAUGUUCACGUGCAUCAUUUUGCACAACAUGAUCAUCGAAGACGAAGGCGAGCAAGCAACGCAGUGGGAAGAAGACGCCGACGAAGCUUCGAGUAGCGCCGCAUCUCAACCUCAUGUCGGUGCUCCGCCGGAUUUUCGUGCAUUUAUUGCACGACAAGCAUCCAUGCGAGACGCGGAGAUGCAUGCUCGCCUCACUUUGGACUUGAAGGAGCACAUUUGGUCUCGUUUUGGUCCGAUUGAGUCCUAG